AUGGAAAAUUGGAAAAACCGUUUUCUACGAAUAUAUAUUGCAUUACUUGUACCGGGAAAUGUUUUUGCAGUGCUAUGUAGCCGUUAUCCACAAAAUACCUUGGCGCCCAAAGCCCCAGUGGAUGAUAAUUUUGCCAUAACAAUUACGGGGAAUGCUCAGACGUAUUUGUUGGGUCAGACCUAUAACGUUUCUUUACAGGCUUACAAUGGUCGACGUUUCAUCAGCGCCAAAUUGGCAUUGGAAAACGAUAAUGGAGAUUUGGUGAUGAAUUCCGAUUUGGGACAUUUUGAGUUGAUUGACCCCGUGGAGAGUCGUUUUAGUGCCGAAUGUGUGAAUAUGAUUGAAACGACAAAUACCAAUCCGAAAACCCGAUUGGAUAUGGCUUGGGUGGCACCCUCACAACCGGGAUUUGGUUGUGUUCUAAUACGGGCCACCGUCAUACAUCAUCGUGAUGUUUGGUUUAUGGACGAUGGACUGUUGACGAAACGUAUAUGUGAGGAAAAUGUUGAUGAUUUGGAAUCGCAAAAGAAGGACGUCGAGAGUAAGGAGUGUUGUGCAUGUGAUGAGGCUCGUUAUGAGAUCACCUUUGAGGGUAUGUGGUCCCGUAAUCUGCAUCCCAAAGAUUUUCCAGCCAAAGGUUGGCUAGCCAAAUUCAGCGACAUUUUGGGUGCUGCCCAUACCUCUGAUUAUCGUUUUUGGGAUUCAGGAGAAUUGGCCUCACCUGCCAUGCAGGAAUUUGCCGAACAUGGUUCUUCCAGGGGUCUAGAACAGGAAUUUAAUAAUUAUUUUAAGGAGAAAAAGAUCCGCACCAUACUCAAGGCCCGUGGUCCAUCAUUCCCGUAUUUAAAUAAUCCCACCUUGGCUUGGCUGCGUGUUGAUCCCUCCAGGCAUCAGCUGUCGUUGGCCUCAAAAAUCACACCCUCACCCGAUUGGAUUGUUGGCGUUACUGGCCUGGAACUUUGUUUGGCAAAUUGUACCUGGAUCGAGGAGAAAGUUAUUAGUUUAUAUCCCUGGGAUAUUGGUACAGAUGCUGGACCAUCGUAUACGUCACCUGAUCAACCUCAAUUGCCACCAGAUGUCAUAAGACGGAUGCGCUCCGAUUUUCCAUCCGAUCCUCGAUCACCAUUCUACGAUCCAACAGGGGCUCCCAUGAAACCCAUGGCAAUGUUAAGAAUCAAACGACAAAGGUUAUAUGAAAGGAAAUGUGCCGAUGAAGAUUCCAACAAUGCCGAUGAUAUACCCCGCGAAUGUCACACACACCCCUGGUCGGCAUGGAGUGAAUGCAGUGCAGAAUGUGGUAUGGGAACCAGGACACGGUCUCGAGUCUAUAAGCAACCCGAAGUAGCCAGCAUUUACAAUUGUGAUGAAAUUGUAAUAAAAAGACAAGUUGAACCAUGUUCAGGGCCAUGUUCAAAAGCCGAUAAUCCACCAUGGAUGCAGGAAGAAGAUGACGUAGACAAUGGAGAUCAUCUACUGAAAUCACUAAGGCCUAUGAUGAAACAAGGUGGUGGUGGUGGUGGUGGUGCUGGUGGAAGAUUGAAUAUGGAUUGUACGGGACAAUGGACUGCAUGGUCUGCCUGUAAUGCUACAUGUGGGGUAGGAUUUAAGAUGAGAAGGAAGAUAUUAGAUGCCCGUGCACAAAGGGAGUGUCAGGAUGAAGACCUAUAUGAAUAUGAAAAAUGUUUUGUCUCCAAUGUGGCCUGUCGCCGCUACAAUGUCCAACCCGUCAUUGCCGGAGGCAUUGAUUUGGGAAAUAAUUACGAAAAUCCUCAGGAAAAUUCUAUAUACAAUAACGAGGAUAUAGAACAGGAAACAAAUGAUUCUGCCGUAACAGAAUCCGAAUUCCCCUAUGAACGGGUUCAAAAUAAUUACAAACCCAUUGAUGAAUAUGCCGUUGAUACAAAUCUUCCAGAGUAUAACUAUCAAAAUGAACUGGAUAAUUUACCUCCAUCAUAUGGUGGUGGUAUACAAGCUGAAAAUUUAAGACAAGAACCACCACCUUCACUAUAUAUUGGCAAUUAUCAUUCGCAGGCAUUAUAUGAACCGGAAGAACCAAAUCGUUUUCAAUAUCUACGAAGAAAUAAUCAGCCGAUUAUUUUGGAUAGGAAACCCAAGGCUUUACAAUAUAAUCAACGAAAUGUUCUACCAGGUCAUCCCAAUCUAUAUGAUGAUACUAAUUCUCUGCUGCAAUCUAUACCCGCGCAUUGUUAUCAGCCCUUAUCGAUUGUUGAAUGUUCAGAUAAUCGUGUGAUAUCCAAUUAUUGGUUUUAUAAUUUUUGUACCGACCGUUGUAUGUUAUAUGCUGCAGAUAUAUGCGAUCCGAACACCAAUAAAUUUCCAUCAUUGGAAAAAUGUGAACAGCAAUGUGCAAAUCCUUUGCGUAGAAUACCAAAUUUCCUGCGCCACAAACAAUUGCAGUCACCGUUUUGUCAGCGUUUAUAUAGAAAUAGCCGUAAUCGAGGUUAUAGGUUUUAA